CGUUGAUUUUCUCCCCCGCCUCCUCCCGCCGUGGGUGCGCGUGGGCGGCCCCGUGUGGCAGAAGGGGGGAGCGAAACACGACACCCGACAGAAGAAGAAGAGGAGGGGGCCCGGGGGCGCUCCCGUGAGUGGAAAAAGAAAAAGUGCGCCGGAGAAAGGCAGCGCACAGAAAGAAGAGUUGACUUGGUUACGUUUGUUUCUCCGAGCAGCGCCGCCGUUUGGGCCGAGGGUGUGGAGGAAGAAGAAGACGCGGAGGAGGAGGAGGAGGAGGAUGACGAUGAUGUGGAGCACAAGUGGACCACGCGACGUCGUUCCCACAAGCCGAUUCACACUGUAGGCUCGCCGACGCUUCUUCACCAUUCCUUCGCUCCCAUCAAGCGAGCCCUCGGCACUCGCCGCCCGCCCCCCAACUUUCGGCCUGCCUACCGGAUUCCGUCUGAGGCGACACGGGGCAACUUUUCCCCGCAUGAAGAAAAACCCUUCAAAGCGGCUCGUAAAAGUUUUCCAGCAGCGAGCAGAAAGUGAACCAAAGUUAUUCAAGCGAGGAUUGAGGGUGAAAGAAGCCGAGGAGACGCUGCUUUUUUUUCGGGGCCACUCGGUGAGAACAACACGGGAGGACCGAGAGGCUAACGUGGCUAACGAACUAAGCCCAGGGGAAAAGUUAGCACUCGACGGGAAAAGUGAGCCAAGAAGUCCACCGACGACCGCAAUGAAGACCCCGGGGGAUUCGGGGUUCGCCUUCCCCGAGUGGGCCUACAAGCCCGAGUCGAGCCCGGGCUCGCGGCAGAUCCAGCUGUGGCACUUUAUCCUCGAACUGUUGCGCAAGGAGGAGUACCACGACGUCAUCGCCUGGCAGGGCGACUACGGCGAGUUUGUCAUCAAGGACCCGGACGAGGUGGCCCGUCUGUGGGGCGCCCGCAAGUGUAAGCCGCAGAUGAACUACGACAAGCUCAGCCGCGCCCUCAGGUACUACUACAACAAGAGAAUCCUCCACAAGACCAAAGGCAAGAGGUUCACCUACAAGUUCAACUUCAACAAACUGGUGCUGGUCAACUACCCCUUCAUCGACAUGGGCUCAGGUCGCGGCGUCCCGCAGAGCGCCCCUCCGGUGCCAAGUGGGGGCACCCACUUCCGUUUCCCCCCUUCCACGCCAUCGGAUGUAUUGUCGUCAAGCGAGGAGCUUCGCAGUCCGGGCGUGUUCAGCAGCGUGGCGCGGCGCAUGGCCCGCGGUUCCGUCAGCGACUGCAGCGACGGCACCUCCACCAACUCGGAGCUGGAGGAGGCGGUGGGGUCGGAGGAGCGAGGCGUGGGGCCGGAGAGGGCCUUCCGGGGUCUCCUCCCACCCCGCCUGCCUCACGAGUCUCUCUUCAGGCUCUACGGCCCCAACCCGGCGGGGCUCGCCAGACCUCACAGGGUCCACCCGGAGCCGCUAUCUCCCUUCCCCGUGUCCCCCCUGCCGGGCCCCGGCGGGCUGCUGGGGCCGACUCUGUCCCCGGCCCUCUCCAUGACCCCCACCCCACACCUGCCUUACACCCCCUCUCCGUCCCUCCCGUCCCCCAUGAUGGGCUCCCACUUCUCCUUCAACCCGGAGGACAUGAAGCACUACCUUCAGGCCCACACACAAUCUGUCUACAACUACCACCUCAGCCCCCGCGCCUUCCUCCACUACCCCAACAUCGUCAUCCCGCAGCCCCACCGCCCCACCCCGGAGAAGCCGGCCCCCCACCACCUGCACGGCCCGCCCCUGCCGCUCUCUCAUCCGCUGGGGGGCCAGCUAGGGGGCGGCGGGAGCGAAGAAUCCUUCAAGUUCAAGCUGCAACCGCCCCCUCUCGGACGCAAACAAAGAGAAGCGGGAAGCUCGCUGGCAGCGGCGUCCUCCUCCUCUUCAUCGGCGGCCGGACAGUCCUCCUUGUUCACGGCGACGCCCAAGAUCAAGGUGGAGCCCAUAUCAGACAUCGAGUCCGAGGAGGAGGUGGAAGUGACCGACAUCAGCGAGGAAGACGAGCUGAACCCUGAGGAUGAUGACAUCUUCGCUCCUGUAUCCUAUCAUCAGCUCCACAAUCAUUCCAAGGCCAGCGGCAGCCCCCCAGGCCCCCACCCGCAGCCGCCCCCUCACGCCGACGAUGACGAUCCACACCCGGACGAUGAGGACGAGGAAGUUUUCAAGACUCCAGCCACUCCGCCUCUCAGCGCCGGGCACUCGGCGUUCCCGCUGCUCAGCCUGAAGACGGAGCCGGCGCCGGCGGCCCCCGUCAGCCCCGGUGGCACCCACUGCAUCCCGCUCAAGCUGCGCUUCAAGCGGCGCUGGAGCGAGGACCAAAAGAUGGAGGCGGAUGGUGAGCGGGACGAGGCCGAGGACAAGAAGGUGAGAGCCGAGGGACGUGAGGAGGUGGAAGAGAGGGAGAGGCCAGUGGACAACGGGGGAGGACCGGGCCUGAUUUUGGGCUUAAUGAUGCCCCCGCCGCCCACUCAGCGCAGGGGCAGCUCAGAGCUGCAGAGAGCCACCGCCCAGUUGUCCCUGGAGAACGCCAGCUGCUGAGACCCCGAGGCAACAUGGGAAUAUAACACACACACACACACACACACACACACACACACACACACACACACACACAAAAUGAUUAUAAUUUUUUUUUUUGGUGGCCAGAACUUACACAAGCUCUGUUCAAAAUGCUCAUUUGUGGUCAUGAAAUAGGUAUACCCUGCGCCCAAAAUACAACUUGCGUGUUGAGUCAAGAGAGUAGUGCUGAUUAUUUUUCCGAAAUUGACCCUUAAAAUGGUCGCUUCUGACCAAAAUGGCAGACUUCCUCUGUCUUUUCAGGCGUGGCUUCUUCUUUUGUUGUGGGUGUACUCAUGAUUGACCUGCCUGUACAGUGGUACCUCUACUUACGAAAUUAAUUGGUGGAAGAAAUUUCUUCACGAGAGAAAGUCAAGACGCGUUUUCCAUGUAAAUGCCCUAAU